CGGUUCCUUAUACGGAAUUAUGAAUACAUUUGGCAGUUUCCCCGGAUUCAUCAUUCCACCUAUUAUUGGCGCUUUGACUAAUGAAAAAAACGGCGUGGAAGAAUGGCGUGUAAUGUUUUGGAUAUCGGCGGUAGUGUUUAUAUCGGCAACAGUCCUCUUUUGGCUAUUCGGAUCUGCGGAAAUUCAACCAUGGAACGAUUCGAGUCAGGUAAAAGUGCCCACGCUUUCCGAAGAGGAGAUGCAGAUAAACGAAACGACGAAGAAAGAUGAUGCGGAUAAUACGGAAGCCGAGGAAAAUGAACGUCUCUAGUGAUUUAGGAAAUGAAAUAAAAUAAAAAAAUGUGUGUAUUCAUGUCUGUACAAAAAUUAAUAGUUCAAUGUUGGGAAGAGAGUGCAUCUGAAAUUGCAAAAUUUGAUCUCUGUUAAAAUGUCAUACUUUAUAUACGAUUACAGACCAACGUUUGUACAGCUUCUAAUUGUUAAUUUGUAGAAAGAUAAUCGCUAGAUUAUUAUUAGUACAUUGAAAUUUGGAACGGGAGAAUUGAAAUGGAUGUACGGAAUAUUCGAUAUAAAAUAUUCAAUUAUAUUAUAAUAUAUUUAAAAUAUUCGUGCUCCAGUUACAGAUACACGUUGCUAGAAUAUCACGACAUAUCUUUCGUCUUAAUUCGAUUUACUUUUUUUAGACACGGAGGUAUUUUUUCACUCUCUUUUUUUACUGUUACUAUAUAAGACUGUGAAAGCUGAAACUUAGAUUUUAUACAUUUUACGUAAUUUUCAAGCGUUUGUAUUGUCUCGAUUAUUUAAGUAUUUAUAUGAUAUUACGCUUUUGUCAUUCAUACAUUUGAGUGUGUCACGGUCGUGAUCAGUUAAUACCCGGGGGAACUAUAGAACGUGGUAUUCAAACAAUGUAAUGUAUCGGCAAAAUGUAAGAAUACUCGGUAGUGCAUUUCUUAUUUCGUGCCAAAGUACACGUAUGUUGCUCUCAUUAAACACUCGACAAAACUGUCGAUAUAUGCAUCUAAUGCUAGGUUGAGGAACCUUGGCACUGUCUUCAGGCCAAUAAACGCUCGAGGUUACUCGAUAUUAUAAAUGCAUUACGAUAGGUAUAUUUAAAUCGUUAUAUAUUUCUUGCUAUACGUAAUGAACCCUUUGCGAGGUGAUUUCAUAACUGUGAUAAAUAUUGGCAGUAAUUUACGCACAACAGUUUAACCGCGGUACUUGACCUAUAAUCUCGAUUUUCUGAGACUAUAAAUCAUGUACCAUUUCAAAGGGCAUCUCAAAUACUUAAAUACGAAAAAUCUCGCUUUAUGCAAUAAUUACUUGAACCCCAUUGGUCGCGUAUAACAAGAAAUCUUUAUGUACCCUUCCCGUCGUUUACGAGCGCUCAACUGUGUACAAAUAAUGUGUAGUUGUAGCGAUAAAAGCAACUCAUCUUCUAAUUUUCAUUUAUGAGGUGCAUUCGUGAGAAAGGCGACAAUGUCAAGCGAUCGAAUCCUUUGCUUCCAAAGAAAGACAUUGCGCUCGUGAAUAAGUGGAGAAGAAAUAUAUUACGUAGAUCGUGAGAAGUGUUACUUGUACAAUUGUACAUUAGAAAUUGUACGUCCGCACUAUAGGAAAAUAAGAGAUGCUAAAUGUGUUGUUCCUACAUUUUCUUUUUUUAUUUUAGAAAAGAUGAUUAUUGUUCAAGUCGAAUUUUCGACGUAAUGUUCAUCGUGCUGUCAAUAAUAAUGUUACUACGAAUUACUUUAAGAUCUAUGUGAAGCAAGUAUUUAGCAAUAAUAUUUGUUGCGCGUGUGAAUUGUAAAAAAUGAUACAUGAACAUUACAACUCGCUGUUUUAAAGUAAAUUAAAUCAUAGCGCAAAUUUAUGUGCGCCGUAAUAUUAUUGAUUGUUAAGUUGUGCAGACGUGCAUACUUUUAUUUACACAAUAAUACGUAUAUCUUUUCAAAUCAUUUCACUUUUCAUAUCUUUUUCUUUAUAUUAUUUUUAUGAUUAAGUCAUGACAGCAUUUGUUUUAUGAAUUUUACAUAGUGAAAUAUAGCGGAUUUACACAUGUAAGGAAUAAUCGAAUAUAUUUUGUGCGAUUUCAUUACAUAGUAAUAAAGAAUGUUAUGUAUCCACAAGUGGUAAAAUUUAUUAUUUAUUAAAUUUUAAUUAAUUAA